AUGGUGAUAUUUGAAAGUUUAUUCGAUGGUAUGAUCACAAUAAAUAAUGAGGCUGGCCAUAGCACCGGCGGUGUCAGAAAUGGAAUUCGAGCUCAAAACAAGUAUUCUAAAGAAAGAAAAGUAGGUGAAGGUACUUAUGCGGUUGUCUACUUAGGGAAGCAACUCACAUCUGGUAGAAGAGUAGCUAUCAAGGAAAUAAAAACAGGUUUGUUCAAAGAUGGCUUAGAUAUGUCAGCCAUAAGAGAGGUAAAGUAUCUACAGGAAUUAAAACAUCAGAAUGUAAUAGAAUUAGUGGAUGUAUACUCUGCCAAUAGUAACCUAAAUUUGAUAUUAGAGUUUUUACCGUAUGACUUGGAGAUGCUAAUCAAAGAUACAUCGGUCGUUUUUAAUGCAUCAGACAUCAAAUCGUGGCUACUUAUGACUUUGAGGGGAAUUCAUCAUUGUCAUAGAUGUUUCAUUUUACAUAGGGAUUUAAAGCCCAAUAAUUUAUUACUAUCUCCAGAUGGACACUUAAAGAUAGCUGAUUUUGGGUUAGCUAGGUCCUUGGGAAACAUGAAUGAAGACUUAUCAUCAAAUGUAGUUACGAGAUGGUAUAGGGCUCCCGAAUUAUUAUUUGGAGCGAAACAUUAUACUGAGGCAAUUGACAUUUGGUCGAUAGGUAUCAUAUUUGCGGAAUUAAUGCUAAGGACUCCGUAUUUGCCUGGCAAGGAUGACAUUGACCAACUAGAUGUUACUUUUAGAGCAUUGGGAACACCUACAGAGCAAAUGUGGCCAAAUGUUUCCAAUCUUCCUUUAUACAAUGCAUUAAGGGUAUAUCCACCACCAUCAAGACAAGAAUUAAGAAACAGAUUCAGUGCAGCCACGGAAACCGCACUAGAUUUGAUGAUAGGAAUGACUCUGCUUGAUCCUAGUAAGCGCUUAAAUCUGACAAAUUGCUUAUUACAUGAAUAUUUCUUAGAGUUGCCUAGGCCAUCUGAACCUGAACAAUUGCCAACCAGGGCACAAUCCAAGAGCAAUAAUACAGAUAAUGAACAACCAAGUCUCAAAAAGAUAAAAGUAUGA